UCGAAACAUAACCUAUAACCACUUUUUAUUAAAAUAUAGUUGUAAACACCGCUAUUUUCGCAUCAUCUUUGUUUAUAUUUGAACCUGUAAUAUAAAAACUACCAGUCCCAUGGAUUUUUUCAACCAACCUGACCCCAAAACGGCCCUGUUUGAGUGUGCACGAAGCGAAAUCGACCAAUACCGUUGCCCUUUGUGUCCACUCUUCCAAACUAACUGUCUAGCGUACUUAAAAAAACACAACAAAGAUCCUGUAGAUGUACACCCUAAAGAUGUAGAAUACAGGUGUCAGAGCUGCCCUUUCACUACACACUCCCAAUACUUGUGUUCGCGGCAUCACCAGUCGCUACAACACGACUUGUCCCCCUAUGAAACCCCCGAAAAACUCAGUUGGUACACAUGCCCCCACUGCCCUUUCAAAACCCCCAAUAAACCCUUCCUGGAGAUCCACCUUCGUAUACACUCAUCUGACUGCCUCAAGUGCGAUUCGUGCGACUUUAAAACUUAUCAUGAGCUAAGUUUGGACCAACACAGGGCGCUGGAGCACGCAAUGUGGCUCGUGUGUCCGCUUUGCCCCUUCAAAACAAUCUCGUCGAACAGGCUGGCCCUCCACGAACGUAGAAGACACAGUACAAGGAACCUCGAGUGGAUUGUGUGCUCAAAGUGCCCCUUUAAAACGAAAUUAAAGUCGGCGAUGAGCAAACACACCAAAAUUCAUGAGUCGCCCAACUUAUUCUGUAAGCACUGUUCAUUUAAAACUCAGUUUGAAGACAUGUUGGAGCGUCACGUUGUCAGGAAGCACCCCAAAAACGUCCAAUUGUUUGCGUGUGAUCAGUGUGACUUAAAAACCAAAAGUAGGAAGUGGUUGCGCAAGCACAAAAGUACGCAGCAUGGGCGGAAGUGGUUUCAGAAAAUUUGUGUGAUGUAGGUUGGCAAGAGUGGGAGUCUAAUCACCCAAAGUGAAUCAAUCCUUUAUUAAAUUAGUACAAACAUAAUCAUACAAAAAACUUAAACCUAAAUGAAAGUUAUCUUUGUUCUGGUCUGAUUUACUUGCCAAACAUUCAAUUCCUCAUACUCUUCAAUGCACGAAUCCACUUGAUCCGGAUUGUACCCCUUGGUGGCACAUUU